UUCACUCAUGUGGAACACUACAACGGUUCCCUAUUUCAAAACAAAGGACGACACUUAUUGCUUAACGAAGAAAGCGAGCUUUGGCGUAUUGGUCUUGCGUUGAACGCUAAUAGGAUAAAGUUUGUACUUGUAUUAAUAAGAGUUUAUUUUCACCCUUGCAAAAAGAAAAAAGUAUUUUAUUUUUUGACGUUAGGUAUAGUGGUGGUAUAGUGUUGUUUGAAAAUUUAAAACAGACGAAGAACGAAGAAAAAAGGCCGUCUUUGAAAAAGCGACCACAUGAUCAAGUAAUGUGUGAUGCCGAGUGUCUGGGUCCUCAUUAUCCUCGGGGUGACUUGUGCCAUCAUCUUGUCUGCCUUUGCCGGUCUCCUCAUCACCACCGUCUUGCACUACAGGCGAAGUAGACGGGACGCAGAUCUAGCUACCAACAAGCCGGAACUGCCCGUAAUUAAAUGGCCUAGCCUAAGGGUAGGCGCACUCACUGCCGAGUAUGCACAAUCGCCCAUUGACGCCCAGUACGUUGCCAUUCAGCCGCGGACAUACCAUGACUUACAAAAGAGUGAGGAGCAGCUAUUGUCCGAGAAUAGUGCUGGUAGUACCUCCGAAGUGCCAGAGAGAAGAAAAGCGAAGCUCAAGUUCACGCUACAGUACAAUGCUAUCGAGGAAGCCUUGACGGUAAAACUGCUACAAGCAAAAAACCUCUCGAUACUAACAGGAACAAAUGACGUCACGUAUUACGUCACACUUAAAAUACUGCCACUGAGCCACCGCUCAUUCCAGUCCUCCGCCGUCAAAGGAGAAACAGAUACCACCACAUUCGAAGACAGCUUCGAGUUUAAAAUACCAAAUGGCGAGUUGCCGAGACAGAAUAUCAAAUUCACCGUCCGCUGCUUUGAUCGGUUCUCGCACCACGAAAUCAUAGGGGAGUUAAGGGUGAACUUGUGCGAGCAGGAGCCUAGAGGUCUAAGUCUUUCCCGUGAGGUGUUGCUAUACAGAGAAAUCAAUGAAGUCCAAAAGCCUGACAGGUCAGUUGGCGAAGUAAUGGUAUCUCUUGGUUAUCUCCGAUUAACUGAGAAACUUGCGGUUGUGCUGGUCAGGGCAAGGGAUUUGCAGCCACUCAAGUCCGGUUAUAAACCAGAUCCUUACGCGGAUGUUAGCAUCUGUCACGCAGGUCGUUACCUACGACACAAGCAAAGCCACACCCUCCUACAAGAAUGCAACCCGAUCUUCAACGAAACAUUGACUUUCCACAUCCCCCAUGGGAUACUCCACGAGGUCUCGAUAGUCAUUAGCAUAAGACACGACUCAGGCGAGGGGGAGGAUGACGUGAUCCUAGGGCAAGUCCUCCUCGGCCCAGAGACCACUGGCAUACAGUUUGAGCAGUGGAAUGACAUGCGACUUAAUAAUAAGCCGAUUGCACGCUGGCACAAAUUGAAUGCGUUUUAGGGAUCGUCCAAGGAAAGUGUAGGUCCAAGAAAACAAGGCAUGAAAUGUUUCACAAAAUCAACAAGGCAAUAAAAUGUUUCACGAAA